AUGGACAAGACCGCCGUCGUGGUUUACGAGUGGAGCCACCCCCAUCCCAUCUACAAGAAAGCGGUCAAGCGUCAGACCAAGUUCUACGCGCACGACCCCGAGAACCGGUGCAGCCUCGGCGACACGGUGCGGAUCAUCGAGUCGCGCCCUUACUCCAAGAAAAGCGCUGGAAGGUUGCGGCGAUCCUCUCGAGCAUAG